UAUAUGAGGUGUGUGAAUACAACACCUUUAAGUCAAUUAACUAAGUUAAGUCAUUACACUCAGCAGCAGCAGCAGCAGCAGCUCCUGGGGGCCUCAGUCCCCCCCCCUCUUCUUCAUGCUAUAGAGAAACAACAUUAGACGCUUCUUUGCAGAAGAGAUCGUAUCAGACUUCAACAAUCAACUCCAAAUGAACCCGGAAGUUUACUUCAUUUGCACCUGGUCAUUUAAGGAGGACUGAAGUCAUAGCCUCAUUAUGCAUUUCAUAGUAAUAGCAAUUACAAAUGUAGUGCAGGCUCUGUGUUAUAACACAAUUCCCAUUAUAAUUAUUCGGUGAUAAGUCUAUGUGACGUCCAUGUUUUCUGCAUAUGUUUUGCAGCAUUUCAGCGCAGGCGGCUGAAUAUGGGCUGUAGGGAGAGCAGCUUUUAGCAGGUGGUUUGAUGCCUCCCUUCCUUAAUAAGAUGACUGACGUCACAGGAGUGGGGCGGCGUGUGUGUGUGCGCGCGUGGAGAGAGAGAGAGGGAGAGAGAAGUAGAGAGUACGGGAGGAGACUGCAGUGCGCAUGUGCAGACAGGGAGCUGUGCUGCGGUGGAAGAGGGCUGGAGACAUACAACCAAAGAGAUGGCGCGGCACCCGACAGGAGCGCAAGGACAGCUGGUUAGCGGUGGGGGGGCUUGAAUCACCAAAUCCAGAAAGGGAAAAAUAUAUAUAUAUGUAUAUAAAUGUUUGAAAAUACGAGGAAAAAGAGGGAAAAGGACUUUGAACUCUGCAGAACAGUGUCAUUAUAAUCAAAUACACUAUAGGUGACUAUAAGGACAGAGCGGAGGCGAGACAGAGGAGGCUGCUGCAAGAAGAGGAAACAAGCAACAAAAGAAAAAAUUGAACUUUACUGGACGCGAGGACUUCUGGACAUCUGCUAACUGCGGUAGGUCAGAUAGAUGGUUUGUCCACAGCGCUGCUCGGACCAUGAACGCACAGCUGUCGAUGGAGAAUAUUGGCGACCUGCACGGAGUGAGCCAUGAGUCUCUGACCAGUCACGGAGAGCUGCUGAGUGGCCACAGUCCACAUUCCCGUCCGAGCCCACGGGGUCUUAGCCACCGCGCUAUGGGCAUGGCGACCCUGCUGGACAGCGGAGACUAUCACCCCAGCCACCCGGGACACCUGCACCCAGCCAUCAGCAUGUGUGAAGCCCCCCCAGGCAUGAGUGCGAGCAGCACCUACACCACCCUGACACCCUUACAGCCCUUACCCCCCAUCUCCACCGUGUCCGACAAGUUUCCUCCCCAUCAUCAUCACCACCACCACCACCACCAUCAUCCCCAUCAUCCGCACCCGCACCCGCAUCAAAGGAUCCCCGGAAACGUCAGCGGCAGCUUCACGUUGAUGCGAGAGGACCGGAGUCUGGCGCCUAUGAACAGUCUGUAUCCCGCGUACCAUCACAAGGAUCCGUGCAUGGGCCAGAGUUUGUCCCCGCUGUCUGGUUCCGGUCUGGCCAGCAUACACACGUCGCAGGCCGGCAUCCCUCCCUAUGCUCAUCCCGGUGCCGCCAUGCCCGGUGAGAAGAUGCUCACUCCCAGCGGGUUCGAGGCUCACCACCCGGCCAUGCUCGGUAGACACACCGAGCAGCACAUGAGCUCCUCGGCGGGUAUGGUACAAAUCAACGGACUCCACCACCACCCGCACGCCCACCUGAGCGCGCAGGGGCACGGCCAGGGGCUGGGGAACAGCCGGGAGCAGGCCUCCGGGCCCGGGCAGCAAGGGGGCGGAGGAGGUGGCGUUUCUGGGGGACAGAUGGAGGAGGUGAAUACCAAAGAGGUGGCGCAGAGGAUCACAACAGAGCUGAAGCGCUACAGCAUCCCUCAGGCCAUCUUUGCCCAGCGUGUCCUGUGCAGGUCCCAGGGGACACUGUCCGACCUGCUGAGGAACCCCAAACCUUGGUCCAAGCUCAAGUCCGGCAGAGAGACUUUCCGCCGCAUGUGGAAAUGGCUGCAGGAGCCUGAGUUCCAACGCAUGAGUGCGCUCAGGCUCGCAGGUGAGCGAAGCCUCGCAUGUAAGCGCAAGGAACAGGAUCAUGGCCGAAGCGAGCGGGGGAGUGUGAGCAAGAAGCCGCGGCUGGUGUUCACGGAUGUGCAGCGACGGACACUUCACGCCAUCUUCAAGGAGAACAAGCGUCCAUCAAAAGAGCUGCAGCUCACCAUCGCCCAGCAGCUGGGCCUGGAGCUGGCCACAGUCAGCAACUUCUUUAUGAAUGCACGCCGCCGGAGCCUAGAUAAGUGGGUGGAUGACGGUUCCGGUCACUCAGCCAACUCUGGCCAUAACACCUGCACCAAAGCCUGAAGACGGACUGAUUUUACCAACUCAUGGACUGACUCAAUCUCGGUGGAAAAGCUUUAAAACUUAAGAGAAACAAAGAGAAACUUAAAAAAAAGACCUUGAAGCAACAUUUUGCCCUUAAACCUGUACUAUAUUGAUAUUUAUAGUAUCCAAAGAUGAAAAAACAAACCAAAGACUUAUUGUUUGACCUGCUUUAAAAUGUCUGUUUCAGCAACACAUUUAUGUGUAACAUACUGCAAAAAGACUAUUAUUUCACACACAGCCCCUCACACACACUCACUGUCAUUGGUCUAUAGCUUUACUACGCCCCUCCUCACCUCCCCGCUCAGUAUCAAUCUAUCAUUCGCCAUCCUUAUCUUUAAUCUGAUUGGUUGGAUUUAAUGAUGGGUCCCCAAAUGGAGGUUUAAUCAGCCUAUUGACAGUGUGAUCUGCAGCUGUCCACAGCCUUGAGAAACAGCCAGAAAGUGGAGCUCUGGUGGGAUUGGCCAAUCAACUUUAAAGAAACAUAAUCCUACAGGAGCGACUGGAUGGUUGUACAACUGUGUUUGGACUGGUGGCGGAGGUGGUGGUGGUGGACUGUCUGUCUUUCUGUCCAGCUGUCUGUCUUUCUAUCAAGCUUUCCAAGACAGACCGGGGGAACGCCCAUGUGUAGACUGCUAACCCAAAACCAGAAUCCCAACUUUGAACCAAACCAAACCAAGUUCCCCCUUAACCUCAGCCCUCAUGGUAGUGCUUUCUUCCAACAUGCUGAAGCGUUGAAUAAAGAGACAUUUAGAAACCAUAGCCUUCUACACCCCGACCCUCUCAUACAGCCUAGAAACAAAAACCACUAAAAAUGCUAUGAAGUUAACUGACCAAAGAGUUCAUUUUAUAGUGGAUAAUCUUAAUCACCCUCCUCCUCUUAAAACAGACUGUUAGUGAGGCGCCUUUAAAGAGGAGAAUUGUGCCGCUCGUGUCCAUUUAACAUAUUCAUUCAUACUUAAAUUUACUAACCAUACAAAUGGAAGUAACAUACAGCAUACUCCGUGAAAAGUAACUCUUGAUGUUUGUCUUAUAGAUGCCUUUUUUUUAAUCAAACUGAAACGGAAAUGCUGUUUCUAAAGGUUAAUCAUUGCAAGUACAAGCUUUGUUGUGAGGCUACCGCGCAGGUUUAGCAUUGGUUUAUAUGUUCAGUGCCAGCACUCGCACACAAAGACAAAUCCAUACUGUUGGAUCUUUUCUCUACAAAGGUGAAAACACAAGCAGCUGGCACGACAUGUGGUCUUGACACCUUUUUUUUUUUUUAGGACAAACUGAAUCACCGUUCUUAUAAUAAGCGUUAAGCUUCGCCAUCAUAACUUCAUACAUAUUUGAUUUCCUCGUCAUUUACCUCCUCGUGUCGGAUCGAGAGGAUGAUACCAGUGAUCAAAUCAAUUUCAGGUGCUCGCGCACAGCAAUGUCAGCUCAUCACCUGAAUACGAAAGCACCCCCAUCCCUGGCUGUCAUCAGUGCCCAGACCCCCCCGCCCCACUUAUCCUGCCUCCACUCCCCCUGGUAAACUAUGCAUUUCAGCACUAGGAGGAAAGCACUACACAGGGCUGGCUCAGGGCAGCGUAGCAUUAGAUAUAUUAAGCUGGCCCCUCGCCAUCAUCCUCCUCAUGGCCAGGGUUAGCAGCACUACAUUCAUCAGAGCAAGCGCUGAAGGAGAGGCGAGAGAGAGAGAGAGAGCGAGCUGCUUCAUCAUCUUGGAGAGAAUAACCAAACACAUGACAAGAAACAAAAGGCUUGUGUCAAGACCUGCUGAUGUUUCACAGUGUGAACCAAAGAUGCUACCUCACUCAAGUUCCAUGUACGUGAUUUAUAUCACUUUGAUGAUACCAAAGAUAACCAAAGAUUUUUUCUCAUUGCACGGCCUUUAUGAGUGGUGUUAAAACGAUGUUAUGUCUCCUCCCCUCCCCCCCCCUCACCUCCUUUCCCUUCCCAUCUCUUCCUUCUCUUCCCGCACUCAACCCAUGCCCUAGUGCUAUGUGCUCCUGCUUCAUCUGUGCUCGGAUUACAGCGCCGUAGAUAGUCAUGCUGAUGCAUGAUGUAGCUAAAGACAGAUAUGCUGAUCGAGCCAUAGAUAUACACAACUGACCAUGCAGGGUACAGAGAACGUCGAGUCUCAUCACUAAUGUCAUCAGUCUUCGUGUUGCUUAGUAGCUACAGAAAUUGAAGACAUUUAAAAUGAAAAAAGCUGUCGUUAAACCAACAGAAACAUUAAAUCCCCUUUUUUUAAUCAAAUGAAAAAUGAAAUAAACUGCUCAGUUUUAAUUUGACGAUUUACCCUGCUAGAGUGCCAUAUUUUGGAGCUUUAUUCCCACUUGGCCUCAGUGUGUGUAUCUAUAGGUUGAUAUUGUUGAUCUAACACAUAGUUUCAGACAUUUUCAAUAGGCAGAUGAGCUGAAAUAGCCAUGGGCAACUCAACUAUAGGCAGACGUGUCCCUGAAAGUAGAAGCAGACAUGUUGCAAUCUUUCUAAAGAAACGCCCAGGACGAGUGCCUUGCUUGAACCAAAGUGUUAAACCGCUGUUGACCUCUCACUUUUGACUCUGUGAAUACCUCAGCCUGUAGAAAGGCCACUACUGAAGAAACUAGGAAAAGGUUGUCUUUCUGUUGUUGUUGUGUUUUGUUUUGUUUUGAAAUCACACCGUGGUGCUUUGCCAGCGCAACCAUGCAAUGAAAACAUACCAAAGGAAUUUCUGUUGUCCACUUUUACAGAUUAAAACCAAAGGUCUUUGUUUCUCCUUCUCUUCUGUCCCCCUUUAACCCAUCCAUCCUUCCCCCAACUGUCCUUGUCUCUCUACUGUGUGUAGGAAGGUCCAGCACUCUGGCCGUGCAUGUCUUUACCAAUGUCUCUGAAUACCUCAUAGUAAUAAUUCCUUUGAGUUCUGCAUUGAGACGUCGAUCUGCGAUCAAGACAGAACUCCGCCCUUGUGGUAAUUGUUAUUGUUACUUCAAAAAUCUGUAUGAUUAUCUAUUUUGUAGUUUGGUUUUGUUUUUUGGCAGAAGUGCUCUGUUUUUAGUCACAGAGGACACGUUUUAUGGUUGAUGUAUGAAACUUGCAGGACGGAGGGAGAAGCAUAUUUUUAUCAGACAUUGUUUUAUGCCAUUGUUAUGAUGGUAGACUAUUGCUUUUACAGGGUAAAACCAACUGCUGUGAUAUUGUGUUUAUAUUUUCCCUUUUGUCUUCUUCUGUGUUGUGAUUUAAUUUAAAUGCAUUUUUGUAUUGUUUUAACCACUGCUUUAAUUUAUGCAUUUGUAGAAACUCUAGAUUUGUACAUAGUAGGUUUUUUGGAAGAAAAAAACAAAACACACACAAAAAAAAAAGACAGUUUUAUGUUACAGCCUUAUUGCCCACGCUUAGAUAUGAAAGGAAGUAGUUUGUGUUUUUAUUCAGCUAAAUCCUAGCCGGCAUUUCAAUGUGUGUUUUAAACACUGCCAGAAAUUCAGACGGUUGAUUUGCCAACGCAGACAAAGUCAUACAGGAGCUACUUUGUCGAACAGUUGGCAAAAAAAAGCAGUGUGUACGUUUGUGUGUGUGUGUGUGUGUCUUUUCUAUUCCUUUGACUUUUUAAGAACCGUUAUUUUAUGGGUAUUACUGCACAUCCAAAGAAUUUUAAAACAAACCAAAAAUCAGAAAAAAAAUAUGUAUAAAGUUGAAAAAGCACUGGCAUUUGUGAGGUAGACUUGUUGAGUUUUGAUUUGCCAUUCGCACGGGUAUAGAAUGUAGAAGGCGUAGGGCUGCGUAGACAAGCUUACUCUACCAUGUGGGGAAUCUCCUGUUCAAUGUACAAUCUGAAGCAUCUGCAACGAGGGCUGCAAGUCCCGCUCACUUUGCUGCCUCAUACACAGAGUGAGGUGGAGUGUAGGCUGGGCAGCCGGUCUGCCAGGGGCUGUGCCACGGAACUGGGUCUGUUUUUAUUGCUGUGGCACUGCCGCCUCGCUCCAUCUAGUAUCUGUUCUUUUGGUACGUACUCGUGUAAUGACUAUGAGCAAAGUCUAAUAAAACUGCAAAGAACUUUA